CUUCUUUGAGCAUUUUUACGAUGAAGAACUCUACGAAAAGUUGGUUCAUGAAGGAAAUACGGGUGUGAUUUUAAUGUUAUAUUUUUUUUUAUAUCACCAACGGUAGCUUUAAUAGUGUCACCGCCCGUUUUCGGACUGGAUGUGUAUGUAUGUUGCAGUGAUUAUGGAAGACCUGGAAAUGACCAAAGAGGAGCUCCAGCGUUGGGUUUCAGAGAUAUUGAAAAAUCUCGGCGUGGUCACGCCUGAUGUGCAGGAGAAAUGCAAGCUUUUGCGAUGCCUACUGGAAAAGAGGAAGACACAAGCCGACCGUCUCCUAAAACUCUGCACGUCUGUGGCUGAGUGUGAAGCCAUUGUGAAAAAGCAGUACGCUUUGCUGGGGUGGGAGUACAAAGACGAUGAUUCUGACGAUGACGACGAUAUCACAUGCUGUGAAAUCCCUUGUACAACAACACAACAACACAAAGUGGUCUUGACCAGAACAAGCAGUUGUGAAAUAGUGGAUUUGCUACAACCAAGUCCUGAAGAUCAUCCCUGCCUAAGCCCUUUUCUGUCAGAUUUAGAACCUGACAAUGACGCAAACCAUUUGAAUUAUUCUAUGGAGCCGUCAUCAAACAAGAGAAGAUGUGUUACAGUUGAAAGAUCACCAGCAAACACAAUGGAUUUAUCAAUAUCCUCAGUUGAACUCAGCCAGAUAGAUAAGGCCACUGUGAGCGAUGCAACAGUAACAAGAAAACCAGUAGAAAACAACACACAGAACGAGGCAAAGGAGGAAAGAAAACUAGAAGAAAAUGACAUUGUGAACAAGAUGAAGGAAAAAAGAAAAACAGCGGAAAAUGAUACUGCAAACGAGAUAAAGGAAAAAAGAAAACUAAUAGAAAACGAUACUGUGAAAACAAAACCAGCAGAAAAUGACACCGCAAACGUGAUAAAGGAAAAAAUAAAACCAAUAGAAAACCACACUGUGAACGAGAUAAAGGAAAAAAUAAAACCAGCAGAAAAUGACACAGAAAGCAAGAGAAAGGAAAAAAGAAAACGGGCAGAAAAUGACACAGCAAGCAAGAGAAAGAAAAAAAGAAAACGGGCAGAAAAUGACACAGCAAGCAAGAGAAAGAAAAAAAGAAAACGGGCAGUAAAUGACACAGCAAGCAAGAGAAAGGAAAAAAGAAAAAGGGCAGAAAAUGACAUAACAAACAAGACAAAGGAAAAUGGAAAACCAACAGAAAAUGACACAACAAAGACAAGAGGAAGACAAAAACCAACAGAAAAUGACACAACAAACAACACAACGGAAAAAGGAAAAACAGAAAACGACACAACAAACACAACGGAAAAAGGAAAACAAACAGAAAAUGACACAUCAAGCAACACAAUGGAAAAAAAAAAACUAACAGAAAAUGACAUAACUAACAGAACAAAGAAAAAUGGAAAACCAACCAAAAAUGACAAAGCCAACAAUACAAAGGAAAAACUCAAAUUUGCAGAAAAUGACACAAGUAAGGCAAAGGGAAAAAAAGAACUAAAAGAAAAUGACACGGCAAACAAGACAAAGGAAAAAAGAAAACCAAAAGAAAAUGACACAGCAAACUACACAAAAGAAACAAGAAAAGUAGCAGAAAAUGACAGCACAAGCAAGGAAAUAAAACCAGCAAAAUCUGAGCAUACCCCUAUAAUUGAUUCAUCGGUGUUUGCCCCCACUCCUCAUGAAACCCUUAAGACUCGUCCUGAACAGCCCGAAGAAGAGAUCAAGGUGGACAUGGUUGUGCUAGCCAAAAAUAAGAACUUGAGAUGGCAUCGAGGUCAGAUUAUGGAGGUUGUUAUGAAGGAAGACGGACGAUUGAAGUACAAAGUCAAUUUCGAAAAAAAAGGAAAGAGUCUGGUCUCGGGCCACCAUAUUGCUUUUGAAACCAUUCCAAAACUGGAGCACCUAUAUGUUGGCGCUCGUGUUGUGGUCAAGUGUCAAGAUGACGCAACUGUGUUCAGACCUGGUAUCCUGGCAGAGCUCCCCGGCAAAAAGAACCGUCUCAGGUUUUUGGUGUUCCUGGACAACCACAAGCCCAUCUAUGUUGGCCUAACAUUAUUUCACCUCGUGUGCAGACCAUUAUCAGAACCUGUAGAGGACAUCCAGGACAAAGCUCACAGAAGUUUUAUGGCUCAAUAUUUAAAGGAUUGGCCUUACCCUCAUCUAACCCAGUACAAGCCUGGCCAGACUGCCUCUGUGGAGUUUAAUGACGAGUAUCACAAGUGCAAGGUGGAGCUGGUGGACUCCAGCUUGAUACAGGUGUUGUUUAAGUUUGAUCAGCACAAAGAGUGGAUUCACCGUGGCUCCAUACGGCUAGAACAUAUGCCAAGAUUUUUGGAACUGAGGAGAAGAGAAGCAGACGCCGGUGAAGACUGAAUGACUGCUCUGGACAAUACCUUUUUAUCCAUACUUUUAUAUUGCUAUGUGACAGUUUCAAGCUGUCGUGCGGGUUCUCAGGACCUCCAAAGAAGGACAUUGCUUCGAGCAUGGUUGACUUUAUUUUAUUUUUCAAUAAAACCUCAGUCUCAGGA